AUGACCUCCUACCUGUUUCCCCGCCCUCAUAAUCCAUUUAUCGUGUUCACCUUUGUCGAGUCGACGCUAUUCCCUGUGACUGACAUCGACCGUGGUAUCGUGGGAUGGGAUGGCCAGGACGACCCGAGAAAUCCGCAGAACUUCUCGCCAGCUCGCAAAUGGGCGUUACUCGUGCUCAUCAGCUUUAUAACCUUCCUGACUCCUUUGGCAUCGAGCAUGCUGUCCCCUGCCGUGGGCUACAUGGGCAAAGACUUUGGAGUAAGGAACGAGACGCUGCUCUCCUUUACCGUCAGCAUCUAUCUUCUAGGCUAUGUGUUUGGUCCCCUUUUUCUGGCUCCGUUGAGCGAAGUCUACGGUCGUCGAGUCGUGGUCAGCUCCAGCAAUUGGUUCUUUGUUCUGUGGCAGAUUGGAUGUGCCCUCGCCCCAAACAUUGCUUGUCUGACGGUGUUCCGACUGUUUACUGGAGUUGGGGGCGCUGGCUGUCUCACUUUGGGUGCGGGCGUGAUUUCAGACCUCUUCCCCAUCGAGAAACGAGCGCUGGCAACGUCCAUCUGGAGCGUUGGUCCUACGGUCGGUCCGGUUGUUGGACCUAUCUGCGGGGGAUUUAUUGGCCAACAGGUCGGCUGGCGCUGGGUAUUUUGGGUGUUGUUGAUCGCAGGGGGCGCUACGGCACUGGCCAUGGAGUUUCUCAAUCGAGAGACAUACGCCCCCGUCCUCAUUCAGAGGAAAACAACCCGGUUGGCACAGAAACUGAAUCGACCCGACCUGCAGAGCGCGUACGAGCUUCAACGCGGCGAAAAGACAUCGAUUUCCCGGGCUUUGAAGCAGGGCUUCAGGCGGCCGGCUGUUCUUCUCUCCAAGUCGCCGAUCAUAGAUCUCCUGGCCAUAUAUAUGGCUCUCGUAUAUGCCCUGCUCUACCUGUUCCUCACCACCAUCACCACUGUUUUCAUAACCAUUUACGGCUUCUCUACACAGCUUUCUGGUCUGGCCUAUCUCGGCAUCGGCAUUGGCUUUUUCAUCGGCCUUGCUGGGGUCGCUCUCACGAACGACAAAGUGGCUGUGAAACUGGCAUCCCGCAAUGGAGGCAACUUCCAGCCCGAGAUGCGGCUGCCAGCGCUGAUCUGCUAUUCGUGUAUCCUGCCCAUCAGCUUCUUCUGGUAUGGAUGGACAGCUGACCAACAUGUACAUUGGAUUGUGCCCAUCGUCGGCAUGCUGCCCUUUGGCAUUGGCGCAGUCGGCAUCUAUCUGUUGAUUCUCACGUAUGCCAUCGACUGCUACCCCGAAUAUGCAGCCUCGGCCAAUGCGACUUUGACUGCCGCUCGGUCCCUUCUCGGAGCUCUCCUUCCUCUGGCUGGUCCCAAACUGUUUGGCAAUCUUGGUCUGGGAUGGGGGAAUUCGCUGCUGGGGUUUCUGGCUUUGGCUUUUGUCCCGGUGCCGAUCAUCUUCACAAAGUAUGGAAAGCUCAUCCGGGAAAAGUAUCCAGUGAAGCUCUAAACGAGAUUCAGCUUGCUUUUGUCCGAUAGACGCGGUGCUUUUGUGUGGACUUGAAGGAAGCACAUGGCGUACAACAAGCAAGAUAUAACAAUAUAUACUUACACACGAACCAUACUAGUACCAGUCAUUGUUAUCGGAUCAACACAUUGUAUUCAGUGUCAUCACUAAACCUGCACUUAGUAUGAUAGCACAUUCACUAAUAUUACACUUUAUCACCUGGAAAUAUCAUUGAGUUCCUGCUCAUUCUGCUCAAGCAGGACCAACCAGGUGACUCAACAAUAUGCAUCACGUGGUCUGUGUCACUGCAUCACGUGAACUUUCAAC